CUCACCAAGGCUUGUGCUCAAUUUUUCUCAAGGAAAAAACCUUCUGAAAUUUCAGAAAAAUUAAGCAAAAAAAGUGUGAAAAAGUGUUAGAAACAUUUUAAAACUACAUAAAAACUCGAAAAACUUCAUUAAAAUCAGUUAAAAAUGAUAACUUUAUCCAAUAUGCUCCGAUCACAAUAACCGAUGGAAUUUCCAUACACGUAAUUAGAUAGGUAUAAAAUAUCGGGACCGAACGAUUUUAAUAACAAUAAUAAGCGAUUGAUAACAUUAACCGUGAUAAUAAUAUAGGCGGCUUUCGCUGUAUCAAGAAUGUGAGGCAUUAUUCAACGAACUGUCGAUAAGGGAACGUAUUAAUUAGGUCUUGAAAAUUAUUCUCUAUCGCAAUCGACAGCAUGGUCAUUUUUUGGGAAUACCUGCCUAAUUUUCGACUUUUCUAUGAAAUACAAGGUAUUUCAGAGAAAAUAUUGAAAACAGUCAAUACUACAAAAUUCUUCAAAUCUGUCGGUAAAAUUUGAUUGAGGUCAUUAAGAAGAAAAAUAAUCAAGUAUUUCGGUACCUAUAAGAAAACUAAUCAAAAUAAAUACAAUACAUAUAUUUCAAAGAAUUUCUCAAAAUGAGGGCCACUUUGAAAGUAUAAGAAAAGAAAAAUAAAUAAUUAACAAAAGUAGAGGAAAAUGACUCACAGCUUUCUUCGAAUCACACUCGCGAUAAUGCAUGGGCCAGAGAUUUCGAUUAUGGGUAUAUAAAGUCAGUAAGUAUUUUCAUUUUGACGUUAUUAAAGUGAUGGUUGUGGCGAAACUGGUGAAAGAAAGAAUAAAAAUGUUGUCGUUGAUUUACGUUACAAGUGUGAUUUUGGGAAGUUUUAUCAAAGUGUCUGAAGUUGGAGGUACAAAUCAAAUAGAUGCCGAUUUGUUUACUACCAACACCACGGGUUACGGAUACCAAAAUUUUUUUUCAACUGGUAAACAAGAAAAUGACGGCCUCAAGCUGGAAUUCUAUGUGAUUGCUCCAAGGGACGGCCAUAUCUUACUAUCACCCGAACAGUCUCCAACAUGGGAAUCACCAGUUUACGAAAUCGUUUUGGGAGCAGGAAAAAACACGUGUUCUGUAAUCCGCAGAAAAAAACUGGGCGUACACAAAGUUGUUACAUAUUCCGCAGAGUCUUUGGUGUCUCCUGACGAAUGGCGUAAAUUCUGGAUCGAAAUGAAGGGAAAUAAAAUACAAGUAGGAAGAAAGGACAGUGGUGCUUUCAUGGAAUGGGUAGAUCCCGAACCUCUGCCGAUAAAGUACUACAGUUUUAGUUGUUAUAACAAUGCCUUAGCUUCGUGGAUUAUAAUAUCAUCACCAUCAGCCAGUGCAGCCAAACCAGAACCACCCAAGAAUUUGUGUAUUCUUUCACCAUGUGGACCAAACAGCGAAUGUCGUCAAGUAGAUGAUUAUGUUGCAUGUUCUUGCAAAGAAAACUACACUGGUUCGCCUCCGCAAUGCAGACCUGAAUGCACCACUGACUUCGAUUGCCCUCAAAACAAAGCUUGCUCCGAGCAGAAAUGCCAAGAUCCGUGUAUAACAGCCUGUAGUCAGAAUGCACAAUGCCUGGUAGCCAAUCAUACCCCUAUAUGCAGUUGUUUACCUAGUUUCACAGGAAAUGCGUCGGUAGAAUGCGUCAAAGAGCAACAACCACCCAAGGAUUUGUGCAUUCUUUCACCAUGCGGACCAAACAGCGAAUGUCGACAAAUUGAUGAUUAUGUUACAUGUUCUUGCAAAGAAAAUUACACUGGUUCGCCUCCGCAAUGCAGACCUGAAUGCACCACUGAUUUCGAAUGUCCUCAAAACAAAGCCUGCAUCGGGCAAAAAUGCCAAGAUCUGUGCGUUGCUGCAUGUGGCCUAAAUGCACAAUGUCUAGUGACCAACCAUACCCGUACAUGUGAAUGUUUGAAUGGUUUCAUAGGAGAUCCGUUGGUAAAAUGUGUUGAGGAAGGACAACCCGAUGAAAAAUGCCGUAACAUUUGGAUAACCCACGAUUACAAAUACGAACACUUUUUUCCAAUUUCUAAACGAGAUAAUAACACCAUCGAGCUGAAAUUCAAAGUGAAAGCGAACCGCGACGCCAAUAUGGUAUUUACACAAAAUAUGUAUCCUAUACAUGGAGAUCCAGCUUAUGAAGUGGUACUCGGUGACCAGAAUAACACACGUUCAGUAAUUCGAAGAACUAGAUAUCAUCCAGAUGCAGUAACCACAAUAGAGGAAACUGCUCUGGUGUCACCCAGUGAAUGGCUCGAAUUCUGGGUUAAAAUUGAAGCUAAUACGAUGGAAGUAGGAAGAAAGGGUAAAAGAGCUUUUAUGGUAUUAAAAGAUUUGAAAGAAAUGCCAAUCAAAUAUUACAGCAUUGCUGGUUGGGGCAAUGCUACUGUUUUAUGGAGCCUCCCUUGUGUUGAUGAAAAAGAUUUCUCGUAGUGAAUGAAAUUUUUGUUUAUAGGUACCUUACCUAACUAAUACCUAUACCUAUGUUACCUACAGUAUACUUUGAUGACAUAUGUACAAGUUUGUAGAAGUUUUAGGUAAUAAUUAUAUUACACGUACAUUAGA